GCUGGCUCUGUCGCGUGUUAACCUCCUCUUUGAACGCAGUAUGCUUUCGCCUCUCGCGCAAGCCGGGUUGCGCCUAAUCUGUCGGCCGACCGAGUAACCACGUGCCGUGCAAUAUAUCUCAUGUAAACAAAGUUUUAUCGACAAAUAACGUCACUGCAUUAUCACGCAUGGAUCCAUGAGAAAAUCGAACGUAUGAUAGAACAGGACGAAUUUCAUAGGGAGAUACGCUGGGCAGUGAAAGGAAGAGAGAACUUGAUGCUGUGGAAAAAGAAAUAUUUUACGAGUGAUUCGAGCCCGAUGAUUGUGAAUAGUGUGUUGGUACAAAGGUGAAUUUCGUAUUCGAUAAGCGAAGGAUAUAUUAUUUAUAAGAAUCGAAGUACUGCGCGGAUUGGCUGACGAUGAUUUGAAGAGCGGGAAAUUCGAAUAGGACGCCAAGCGUGCCUCUGUGCUUGAGCUGUUCUCGUUUGAGAUGAAUCAUGUGAAUCGUGCCGUAGUCGUGUCUGGUAUGUACGGCUGCAUUCACUCUCCGAGGAUUGUACCACGCAGCCAUUUGCGAGACUUCUCAGUGCUUUCGAAAAGGCGCAUUCAAAUGAAGCAGUUACGCUAGAGACAAUAGUAUGUUCGCUGCCGGCACGAGGAGAAUAUGCAGAGUGGGACUUGCCGCAGUUUUGGUCACUGCCCUUUGUGUCCUUACUCUUGUCGACUUACCGCCUCAACUGCCGGAUCCACCGCCGGAUCCACCUCCUACGGCUGAUGGAGAAUCGCCAGGCACGAGGAGUAUCGUGGCGUAUUCUUGGGCACGAAGAUUGGCACUCGAUUACAGGCCGUCCUCGGAGUGCGCCAGGAAUGGAAGCGUCGAAACGACGUUAAACGCAUUCGAGUUCAACGGGAAGGAAUGGCUCGAGACAAUUCCAGGACGGCUCUUCCUUUACAGCGCCCACUUGGACCUCAGAGUGGUUGGAUAUCCGAGCGUCAGGGUGAUUGGCGUUAAACGAGGAUCCCUACGAACCUCCGCGCUCUUCUGCACUAUUUGGUAUAAGGAUCAAGGUAGGAUCCGCUCGUUCAGCAUGGAAGCUCUGAUCUCGGACAUCUGGUUGGACGAAUGGGGUGGAAGUACCGAAACUUACACUGGAAUUCUGGUGACCUGUCCUCUUGCCACGGCGUUAAAUCCAUCGAGGGUGGUCGUGAGUGCCACUUCCUGUGCUGAAAAUCCUAGUCAUAGCUUAGUAGUGAACUCGGCGAGUCGGAACUCUCGGGGCAGACGACAAUUCACGAUGUGCAUCAAGGGUCUCGACUUCGAGGAGGACAUAUCGCGAAAAUUGGUGGCAUUCGUGGAAUUGCAUCGACUACUCGGGGCGAAAUUCUUUUACUUUUACGUGUUCAGCGUUCACCAAAACGUGCUCAAGGUCUUGAGACUUUACGAAAGAUCGAACGUCGUCAGAUGGGUUACGCUGAGUCUACCCGGUGAUCUUCCCAAGGAGAAACUAGCAAGAAGACAAUUGCUCAGCGAUGACGUAUGGAUCAAGAGAAGAAUGGAACUGAUUCCGUACAAUCAUUGUUUCUACGAGAAUCUUUAUCACUCGGAAUUUGUAAUUCCAAUUGAUAUCGACGAGACGAUCGUUCCGGCCCGUAGAAAGGACUGGACCCAGGUGAUGCUGGACGAGAGAAAGAAGCUAGGUAGAUCAUUUAAAGAUUUCGCUUCCUAUUCCGUGAGAAACGCCUACUUCUUUUUGGAAUUGCAGAAGAAGUCGCCCAUUCCGAAUUCGACUUUAGACUCAGACAUUUUUCAUAACCUGAAUUACUUGGAUACUCUGAGGAUAGCCACUGUUUCACCCGAAGGUGAUUCGGUCAAGAGCUUUAUCUCGACCAAGAGAGCAUUGACAGUGCACAAUCAUUAUGCACUGACCACUCUCAAUCCAUCCACUAGGAGAGCCCAUCAUCUUGAUCCGAAGGACAUUCUGAAGCAUCAUCAUCGAGUUUGCGACGACAGACAUCUCGACUGUGACUUGCUCAUGGAGAAUGUGCAAGUGGACGAGUCUGCUCUGAGAUACGCUAAAGAAUUGAUGACUAGGAUGAAAAUUGUGUUGGCUGACCUGAACGCUUUUAUAGAAUGAUUUUUGUAAAUAAAUGAAUUUUUUAUGACUA